GACUACUACACGGACGCCCAGAAGGUCGUCGCCCACAUGCGCCUCGCGACGAGCCUCGACAAGGGCGCGCCGGACAUGGAAAAGAUCGCCUUGAACACGAAGAAGGAGAUGAUCGACUUCGUCGCCUUCUACCGCCGCUUCACCAACGUCUCGGGCAAGCAGUCCUUCUCCACGCUCUACACGGCCAUCAACGUCCUCGCGGGCCACUACACGUCCUACGGGCCCAAGUUCCCCGUGCCCGAGAAGCGCCGCAAGCGCCUCUACCAGGAGUACGCCGAGAUCGAGAAGAACAUCAAGAAGCGCCGG